UCUUUCUUUCUUCGCCAAAACCUUGUUCUUUUGCUUACAUUUUGAUUUUCUUGUGGGUUUCACCAUGGUGGGAGAAACAAAGAACAAGGAGCUCCAAGAAGAAUCCGUUAAAUGGACUAAGAGGAUCAAAGAUUUAGAAAGGAGAUUGGAAGUAGCUAAAAGUGCACUUGAACAUGUAAACCUAAUCAAAGAAAAGAAAGAGGAGGACUCGUUUUUGACUGGAGAUGCUACGAUUCAGGCUCUGGAGGAAAGUUUUCUUGGUGAUGAGAGCCCUAAGGAGAUUGUUUCCCUGAUACAACAAUGGGAACAAAGAAACUCUACAGCAAGCAUCUUGAAGAACAACGAGAAACAUGUUAACAAACAAAAGAGGGAUUUAGAGUUGAAAAAGAUUGUGGAGCAGAAUUUGUUGCUAAGAAAGAAUGAGGAGCAAAGGCAAGAGCUCCAAGAAAUGUUAUCUAUCUUAAAGAGGGAUAUAGAGUUGAAGGAAAACAAAUGGAAGAUGGAGCAUCAUUUGUUGCAAAGAAAGAAUGAGGAGCAAAGACAAGAUUUAUUCAAAGAGAUGGCCACUAUCUUGAAGGAUAACGAGAAGCAAAUCAAUGAACUAAUGAAUGACAUGGAGUUGAAGGAGAACGAAUGGAAGGUAGAGCGAGAAAAACUUGAAGACAAGCGAGAUGCGCUCUCCAAAGAAAACAAGAGUUGUAUUGAAGAGCUUAGUGCAUUCAAGGAAUGUUACGAGAAGGAGAGAGCUUCUUGGGAAAGCCGAAAAGGUGAUUUGAAGGGAGAAAGAGACUACUUCCAAGAAGAAUUCCAUACACUCCUUAAUAAGAAUCUCCUUCUGGACUGUUCACAUGACAAGCUCACAGUAGGGUCACCUCUACAGAAGUUUCCAGAGACCCUUCCCCUUUGGAUGAGGCCAUUAGUGGCUCCCAAAGGGCACAUCUCUGGAGACGAACUUGGAGUGUUUAUGGGGGCUCUCGUCUCCAUCACGGCCUUUGUGGUAACUUGCACCAACGAGAAUGUAAAAUUCAUUGCACUUAGUGCUUUUGCUUCCUUGUGUGGUCUAAUCAUAAGCACAAUCUUCAAUAACAUAGUUUCCCGGUUAUCAACGGACAAAGGUGCAAAAUUCAAGCCAACCCUACUUAAAGGGCUCAAUUCACUCCCAUGGGUGAUAGUUGGAGGAUUGGUUCCAAUUCUGGGAGGGUUCAUUCCCAAUUGGCAAAUCAGACUUGGUGUUACAGCAGCAGCAACACUGAUUUUGAAGAUGAUAUUUGCAUAUCUGUGGAGUGUAUCCUAUAAUAUUUCUACCAAGAAGGCAUCAGCUGUUGUUGCACUGGGAGUCGUAGGCAUCUCCUUGGCUGCAGGGCUCCCACAUCUGCUCUAGAAUCUCCCAUCUCUGAUUAAGAAGCUAGGCACACGAAGUUUUGUUUAAGAAGACCCACUUGUUUUGUUUGUUUCUGUAAAAAUUCCGAUUACUUUUGGUGGUUUUGUUUGAUGAUCCAGACUCAAUUUUUCCUUUUGGCAACGAUCAAUAAAUACUGUUGUUAGUG